UCGAUUACUUUCCCCUCCAAGGCUCCAACGGUCCACAUCUUCUGUUAAUCACCCGCGAUAACAGCGGGGAUCACCAAAAUCUCCUGCCUUCAGCCAAACUCCUCGCCCCAAUCGCGGCGCUAAAAGCCGUCGAGCGACCGCCGACGAGCCAUUUCGACGCGCUCAAUCGGCCGCCAACUUCACCGACGGUAAAAGCCACUGCCGCCAGGAUAUUUUGCUGCAUUCCGCCGCUCCUGGAUGGCUGGAUCGAUGGGGUUCCGGAUCCAUGUCGGGCGACGACGUCUCCAGAUACUGUGGCCUCGUUCGGGCUCCUCGGUGCCUCGGGGGUCCCCGUCCGGUAGAGCUCUUCCUGCCCAGAAUCCUGCGUGCGGAAGGACGGGGUCGGCGCGGGACGAUGUGGAGAUCAGCUCCGACGAGGAGGACUCUCGCCCCGCCCCCGUGGCAAGGAAAUUGCCUUGCGCUGAUGCUGUGUUGAAGAGGGGCGAGUCGGACGGCGCCGGUGUUGCCACAGAUGACGACGACUGCGUGGUUCUAGACGGCGACCCUGAUGGGGCGGUUGCCGCUGUGGAACAGAAGGGGGCUGCGGGGAACGAUGUCAACUCCGAUGAACUGCAGAUAGUUGCAGAGAAAGGCCAGGUAGCAUGCAGGGACUUCCCUCACUCGCGCCAUUUAUGUUCUAACUUGCCCUUCGGCACUACUUCUCAUGAGAAGCAUUGUACCAUGUGCUACUGUUUUGUGUGUGACGUCCGAGCUCCGUGCGAUUAUUGGGGUAAAGGUCUCUCGAUUGAUGAUCAUUGUCAUGCUACUGAUAAGGAAACUAAGUGGAAAACAUUGAGGCUUGCGUCCAAGUGCAAAGGGCUUCCAGCAUCUCAUCCAGAAAAGGAAAAUGCAGUGUACCCAGCAAUGGCGGCAGUCGGCUGCCCUUCUCUUGGCAAUCGGAGUCCUCUUCAGAAUGUUGUGAAUCAAAACCAGCAAAUACAUACUUCAAUUAGAACCGCACUGAAUGUAGCCCCAACUGUCAGUGCACCAAGAGCAUUCCCUGCGACAAGAGCUGAAGGUAGCACAGGCAGUGCUCACACUUCUCAAGUUACUUAUUCUGUAGCGCCAACUGUCAGUGUACCAAGGCCACACCCUGCGGCAAGAACUGGAAGAGGUUCAAACAACGCUCACACUUCUCAAGUUACUUAUCCUGUAGCUGCUCCAACUGUCAGUGCACCAAGGCCACAGCCCGUGGCAAAAACUGGAAGAGGUUUAAACAACGCUCACAAUGCACAAAUUACUCACCCUGUACAGCCAACUGUCAGUGCACCAAGAGCUUACCCUGCGGCAAUAGCUGAAAGAGGCAAUGCUCAAACCGCUCAACUUACUUACCAGGCCACUGCCAGCCACCACCUGCCGGAGCCAGAGCCGGACCAGUAUGAAGAGUACUGGGAGGACACACCAGAGGAAUAUGCGUCAGAGUGGUCCACAGUGUAUGUCGGGAACCUACCCUACCACACUGACGACGACUCUCUCGCACUGAAUUUCCAGCAUGCCGGAGUCGUUGUUUUCUCAGAGGUCAUUUACGAUGACAAAACGGGCCAGAGCCGUGGAUUUGGGUAUGUCACCAUAAGUACUGUUCAGGAGGCUGAGAAGGCUGUUAGAAUGUACCAUGGAUACGUGAGUAUUUUCUGUAGCUUCAUGGGGGCUUCUGUAGCUUCAUACGCGAUAUAUGGCAGUGUCAGACCUCUGACGGUAUAUAUCACAGCUCCCCGUCAAUCUGGGUCUCCGUUCGAAAUCUUCGUGUGCAAUCUGCCGUGGCAAGUGGACGACUCAUGGUUGGAGAAGCUGUUCAGCGCGCACGGCGAAGUGGUUGAUGCUAGAGUAGUCUACUAUGAGCGCAGAGGAGGGACCAGGCGUUCAAGGGGAUUUGGUUUUGUCACAAUGGCGACGGAGGAGCAAUCGUACUACGCGAUCAAUUCUCUCAACAAGCAGGUUCUGGAGGGACGUACCCUGCGGGUGAAGGUUUCGAGGGAGAGUCCACAACAAGGCUAUUGAAGAUAUAUGUGGCACGGCUGAUACUGCUCAAGGCCUCCUCCGAAAUGCAUGAAUUGAAAACCACAGUUUAGGGAAAGUACAGGAACUACAGUGACAUGCCUUGUGCAAUGAUGCAGGAAAGUGAACUGCGUGAACUUUUCCUAUUGUUCAUCUAGGAAGUUUUAUAAGAACUCCGCAGGUGAGGUGUUUGCACAGAGAAGUGCCCAAGAGAAAACUGCCAUGAGAUUGUUCUCCAAAACUUCCAUGAGAUUGAGAUCGCAGAUGUAAAAGAAAUUCAGAGGUUUCAAAUCGUUCA